GUAAAAUGACUAGUUCAGUGUGAAACAUUGAAUUGUGUAAUAAUUAAAGAGUUCAUACCUCUAAUUGUUGUUUAAAUAUAAUGACAAUUAAUUUUAGUGAUGGAGGAAGAUGGUGGUAAAAGGAUGAGAGGUAGAACUCGUGGUAGAGCCCGUGGCAGAGCACGAGGACGUGCUAGAGGUAGAUCUAAGAAACAAGUGAAGGUUAUUGAAAGUGAUGAGGAAGAUACUCCUCAACAAGUAGAAGAAGCUCCAGCAGAAGGAGGUGGAACAGAACUACAAGAACAUGAAGCUCCACCAACACAACAGCCUCCUUUGGAGCAACAAUUUGAUUUGGAAGCUGAUAUAUCACAAUUGGAAGCCCCAACUUUUACAACUAUUAACAGAGGACCUCCUGAACCAAUGCUUCGUUUACGAUGGGACCACAGAGUUAAUCUCAUUGGAGAAAAAGUAUUGAAUCCUAUGAUACACUGUUGUGACAAGUGUUUGAAACCAAUUCUCAUUUAUGGACGCAUGAUACCUUGCAAACAUGUGUUUUGCUUAUCCUGUGCCAAGAGGGAAGACAAAGUUUGCCCUCGUUGCAUGGAAAAAGUUUCUAGAGUAGAACAAACUGGCUUAGGUACUGUGUUUAUGUGUACACAUGGAGGAACUAGAUACGGCAAUGCAGGUUGUAGAAGAACAUAUCUUAGUCAAAGGGAUUUGCAGGCUCAUAUAAAUCAUCGACAUAUAUCAGCUCCACCACAACAAGUUCAAGGAAUGCAAGUUGAUCCUCCCCAAUAUGUGCAUUCUAAGUCAGAAAUAGAGUCUCAAUUAACAAAAGUUUCAUCAGUUGCAAUGCAAAAUACUCGUAUAAAAUCGGUGCAGUCACAUAUGGUUCAACCAAUAAUGGGAAACGACCCUAGAGUGAAUUCAAUGGUCAAUCAAACUCCGGUGGAACACAGGCAACAACAUAGGCCACAAGCAUUAAUAUCAAUGCAGAAUUAUACUCAAAAUUCUGCACCUCCACCACCAAACAACGCUCCAUUAAGAACAAAUCUUAUAACUGUGCCCAUUCAAGAUACAGCUAUAACAACACAUGAUAUACACACGCAACAAAGUCACCAUUAUUAUCCUCCUCCACCUCCACAAGUGAAUUAUGGAGGAUAUAAUGUGCCACCUCCGGUUUCUCAGACACAACAAUACUAUGCACAACCACAGCAUCCUGCUCAAGUAUCUUAUGUGCCACCACCUCCACCACAGCAACAGCAGUAUGUAUCUUCAACACCAACCUCAAUAAGGCCAUCCCCAACAGGAUACAUACAAGAUACAUCAUAUGGUCCACCACCUCCACAACAACAAGCUCCACCACCACAGACUCAAUGGUCACAGCAUCAACAACAAUUUUAUAGGUAAAGGAAGUACAUACUUUUAAUGUGAAGGACUGUCUGAUAUAAAUUGUGAUAAAGCUAUUGUGGAAGCGAUAUAUGACAAUUAAAAAUGGUUAUAAAUACCAUUUCAAAAAUGCGCUGCCCAUCAUUAGGAAAUAUUAACUUCAAAAUAUUUUAUACUUUUC